GCCAGGUAAAGUUGUCAACAAGAAAAAGACUUAUUUUACAGAAAUUUAUUAGAGUAAAUAUAUAAUAAUUUGCAAUUAAUAUAAAAUGUAUGUCUGCAGCAUCUAUUGAUGAAGCCGAUUCCAGGAUUGAUUUCUUCUUAAAGCUAUCGGAAGUGGAAAGCGAUGAAACUGCUAACCUGGAAAAACUAAAGAAAAGUAGACAUUCCAGAAACCUUUCUCAGAAAAAUCGUGAAGAAUAUCACAAAAGUAAGGAACAGACUCCAACUACCGAAUCAUAUAAAAGGCCAUCUUUUAAGAAAAAUGGAAACUCUGAACCGAAGGAAAUUGGUAAACCAGAGGAUAAUAAGCAUUCGUCGAGUAAACUACAAAAUAGUGAUUUCCAAAAUACUGGAAUCAGUUCUUUAAUGGUUUCAAACGAUGUUAAUACUGAAAGCGAUUUGCAAAUUGCACCACCGGAAAAAAAUGCAUCUAUUGAUGAAACCAAUUCUAACAUGGAAUUCUUGAUAAAGCUCCCGGAAGUGGAAAACGCUGCAACUACUAGUAUGGGGAAACUGAAAAAAAGUACCCACGAGAGAAACCUUUCUAAGAAGAAUCGUGAAGAUCAUCAAAGUAAGGAACAUACUUCAACUACUAAAUCAUGCAAAAGGCCACCUUUAAAGAGAAUUGGGAACAAUGAGGACAAUACUGAUGAACCUUUGACGAAAAAAUUAAGAAAUAUUGAUUCCCAAAUGCCUGGAACUGGUUCUUCAAUGCUUGUAAACGAUGCUAAUGCUGAAAGCGAUUUGCAAAUUGCUCCACCGGAAACAGAUGAAAAUGCUGUUGUUACCAAUUCCACAGAUAAGACUGUUUCAAUGAGUAGUAAACAAGUUUCUUUGAUUUUAAGAAAGUUAACAAAAAUAGAAAUGGCAAUGGAUAAUGGGAACCAGAGCUCAAAUAUGGAAAAUAGAUCGAUGUCUUCAUUCUUAAAUCCGGAUGCCGACUUAAAACUUUUUCCAGCCAAAAAUAAGGCUGGAGUACUCAGUAUAAGUGAUAGAUUACUCAACGAUAAGAGAUUCUUGUCUAAAGUGGUUGCUGCUUUAAUUGAUUUGGGGCCGAGUCACAAUAACAGCACAACCCUUAUCAACAUGAUGAACCAUGUUCUAACAUUCAAAGCUGGCCAGGAAUUUACAUUUAAAGGCAAGGGUGGAAAGAAACAAGCAUUUAAACCAUUAACAUUGUUUGCCGUUAUCUAUUAUGCAAUGAAAAAAUCCUCUAGAGGUGAAAUUACCCAGAAUACAGUAAACACCGACAUGUCCCAUUGGUUGGAACAAUGUAAGAAUAGAGAAAACCGUCGUCAGGUUCAACUACAAAAGCAACGUUUAGCUCAAGAGGAGGCUAACCUCGACAUAUCAGAGGAAGAUGACGAAUAGAAGAUGGCUAUUCCUUUAUUUCAUGGCAAUUCUAUUUCAGUUUUCGCAAAUGCAAUUAUUAUUCGGAAACAAUUUUUUUGAUUGAUCAAAUAUGUGCAAUCAGAAAUUAUGCAAACGCUAUAAUCGUCUUAUCAACUUUAAAUUAUUUUCGUUUGAAUUAAUUAUUAAUAUUAUGUUCUUUUCUUUAGCUUUACA